GUCUAUUGCUUAUUGUUUAUGCGUUAGUGAUCACAGAUAUAAAUACGCUUCUGGCUUUUAUCUUUUAUUUUGCUACGUUUCCAGAGAUGUUGCGGUUUUUCGAAUUAUCCAAACGACAGAAACUCCUCGCCACAGUUAUUCUCAUCUUUUCUAUUUGUGUUUUUAUAAUCGCGACAAUUCUGCUUGUGCAUUUUUUAAGGAAAUAUUCAAACCAUUCAGUGAUUGAACCUUGUAAAAACUUUGAGGAAUAUGUAUGUCAUAAGAAAAAACCAAAUGAUAUCUUCAGUUUCCCGGAGAACUGGUCAGAUGAUGUGAUCUAUGAGAUGUGUGAGUCUCAUCUACUUCUGUGUAUUGAUUUCAUUUUGACUUAUUAAAUAUUUAUAAUAUCAA